UCGUCUAACAGUACCGUCGGAACCGGUUUCCUGUUACUUAAAUUUCUAACAAAAAUGGAACACACGCAAAGAACAUCCUCGAAUCGGCAUCCUCGGAACUUCGAACUUGCGCGUGGGAAACGUCGCGCCGAAGAAAAAGCCUUGGGGUCCGUUGGAUGCGGGCAACGACAGUCCCGCUAUACAAACCAGUUGUUUAACCGAGACCAGUACCGUUUCGACAGUCGACAGAAAAGCCAUGAAGCUGCAAGAUUUCGUCAAGUACCUGGUUUGCAUCGUUCCACUAACCACGGGAUUAAUUCGUUGCGACGAAUCCACCUCACCGUAUGUCGAGGCAACGCGAGCGAGGCAACAGAGAGGCGUUUUGGACUUUCUGCUCGGCCGAUUCAAAACGUGCGGCAACUGCAUGUGCGGACGGCCAAAUCGAUCCGGCGAGGCACGGCUGCUGGGCGGAGAAUACACGGCAGCUCACGAGUUUCCGUGGCUGGCGAACGUUCACGUGAGGUCGCAACGAUCCUUCAGCGGGGUCCUGAUCAACGAUCGUUACAUUUUAACCGCGGCCAGCGAAUUGGUCAGCGUAACUGCGGCGGAAGUAAAAGUAUCCCUCGGAGAAUUCGACAGAUGCAGUUUGGACGUGUCUUCAGCAGUGAUCAGCGUGGAGUCUGUGCUCCUUUAUCCAGAGUACAAUCCGGGUUCUCGUGCACACGAUUUAGCGUUGAUAAAGCUGAGUCAACCGAUCAAGUUCGAAAGGAGGAUAUCGCCUAUCUGUCUGCCGAACCCAGGCUCGACUUACCUCGGACAAGUGGGAACCCUGGUCGGAUGGACGGUAAGCAAAACAGAAGACAAAAACAGUAAUCAAACUUGCCGGCCACGGAAAUUGGGUCUUCCGAUUUUGGGUUACAACGAAUGCAUUAAGUCUGGAAUAAAUCCUGUAAAUUUCCAUAAAGAUUCCGGCUGUGCUGGUGUUUUAGGUGGAAAUUCAAUCGUAUGCGAGAACGACGUAGGUUUCUCUGUACAAUAUCGUUCAUACGCAGGAAUUUAUGAUCUCCUCGGCAUAAUUUCGGACGUAAACGAAUGCGGCAACACACCUGCAGUUUCAAUUUAUACGAGAGUCAGUCCACAUCUAAAUUGGAUAUUGCAGCAAACCAAAGAUGCUUGUUACUGUCCCAAAUAA